AUGGCGGACGAGGACUCGAACGUAAAUGAUGAUACUCCCGCGAAUGACUUGAAUACCAAGUUUGGUUUGCGGCUACGCGGUCGGAAAGGCGCGUUGAAAAAGAAAAACGUGUAUAAUGUUAAGGAUCACAAAUUCAUCCCUCGCUUUUUCAAGCAGCCGACGUUCUGCAGCCAUUGCAAGGAUUUUAUAUGGGGAUUCGGCAAGCAGGGAUUUCAGUGUCAAGUUUGCAGUUUCGUGGUCCACAAGCGCUGCCAUGAGUUCGUUUCCUUCACAUGUCCGGGUGCGGACAAAGGACCCGACUCGGAUAGCACCAGGACCAAACACAAGUUCAAGGUCCACACGUACGCCAGUCCGGCGUUCUGCGAUCACUGCGGCUCCCUCUUGUACGGGGUGUUACAUCAAGGGAUGAAAUGUGAAGCUUGUGACAUGAACGUCCAUAAGCGUUGCGAGGAAAGCGUGCCCAACCUGUGUGGAUGUGACCACACCGAGCGUCGAGGAAGAAUAGAGCUCAAGAUCUCCUGUGUGGGCAGCAAGCUCACGGUGGAAGUGCGACAAGGAAAGAACCUGAUCCCGAUGGAUCCCAACGGAUCUUCGGACCCUUAUGUGAAGAUGAAGCUCAUUCCGGGGGAUUCGGACAACGUGAAGAAGAAAACAAAAACCAUCAAAUCCUGUUUGAAUCCUGUCUGGAACGAGACGCUUGUUUUCGAACUGAAGCCCGAAGACAAGGACCGCCGGUUGCUGAUAGAGGUGUGGGACUGGGACCGUACCUCCCGCAACGACUUCAUGGGUUCCCUCUCCUUCGGAAUCUCCGAGCUCAUCAAGUCUGCCGUGGAGGGAUGGUUCAAGCUGUUGACAGAAGAGGAGGGAGAAUUCUACAAUGUGCCAGUACCCGAGGAGGGAGUAGACAUCACCAGUCUCAAGACUCAGAUGCGGGGAUCUAGAAAUCAGACGAGACCGAAAACGUCCAUCACUAAGAAGCAGCCAUUGGCGCAAGAUAAGGAGGUUCCUCACAACAUGGGCAAGAAGGAUGUCAUCCGGGCUUCCGACUUUAACUUCCUCAUGGUACUUGGAAAAGGAAGCUUCGGCAAGGUCAUGCUGGCUGAAAGAAAAGGAACAGACGAGUUGUACGCUAUUAAAAUCCUUAAAAAGGAUAUUAUUAUCCAGGACGAUGAUGUGGAAUGUACAAUGGUAGAGAAGAGAGUUCUUGCUCUAUCUAGCAAACCUCCGUUCCUAGUACAGCUACACUCGUGCUUCCAGACUAUGGAUAGGUUAUAUUUCGUCAUGGAGUAUGUGAACGGAGGAGAUUUGAUGUUCCAGAUUCAGCAAUGUGGAAAAUUCAAAGAGCCCGUGGCUGUAUUUUACUCAGCGGAGAUCGCAAUAGGACUUUUCUAUUUACAUUCCCGUGGCAUCGUCUACCGAGAUCUCAAGCUAGAUAAUGUCCUGCUGGACCAGGAUGGUCACAUCAAGAUCGCCGACUUUGGAAUGUGUAAAGAGGGAAUCACUGGGGAUAAGACCACCAAGACUUUCUGCGGCACGCCGGAUUAUAUCGCUCCUGAAAUUAUCCUGUAUCAACCCUAUGGCAAGUCAGUGGACUGGUGGGCCUACGGGGUGUUGUUGUACGAGAUGCUCGUAGGUCAGCCUCCCUUUGACGGGGAGGAUGAGGAAGAGCUGUUUGCCGCCAUUACAGAUCACAGCGUCUCUUAUCCAAAGUCACUCUCCAAGGAGUCCAAGGAAGUCUGCAAAGGGUUUCUCAUGAAGAACCCCACCAAAAGACUCGGGUGCGGGGCUCGUGGGGAGGAGGAUGUGAGAGGUCAUGCUUUCUUCCGUAGGAUCGACUGGGACCGCAUAGAGAACAGAGAAGUCCAGCCUCCUUUCAAACCGAAAAUUAAACACCGUAAGGACGUAAGCAACUUCGACAAGCAGUUUACAUCUGAAAAGACAGACCUUACGCCAACUGAUAAGCUGUUCAUGAUGAACCUGGACCAAACUGAGUUCAUGGGCUUCUCCUUUCUCAACCCAGAGUUCAUCCAACACGUUUAAAACUGACAAUCUCGCCAACUGUUCGGUAUCUCCACCUUAUACAAAUACAGUCCUCGCCGACAUCUACACUACUCUUGGUACACGGAACUACUAUAUUUUACUAUUUAUGUGAUGUUAUUUCCUAAUUUUAUAUGAUAAUACAGGAUGUGAUCCUAGUCCAAAUGCUUCAAGCAAAUACAGGAAUUUCUAUGUAUGUUACCUGAUGUUUAAUUGUUGAAAUUGUAUUGUUUUUAGAUUAAUAAACGUUUCGAAUUUUAAACAUGUGAGACUUACAUACAACACUCUUAGACCUUCACACUCAAUGUUUAUAUGUGUGUAGUAAAUAAGAUUGUAGUACGCAAAAUAAUUAAUUGGAAUUCCUUACAUAUGAAAUAAGUAUUAAGAAAUUACAUGAGAAUUACAAUUGUGUCUUAUUCAAUUAAAAUUAUAAACCUGCAGAACAAUCAACUUAAAAAAUUACAUACUUCUACUUGCUUUUAAAUUGUUUACUAAACACAUGCAAAAGUCCAAAUUAUCAUAAAUGUAUGGCUUACAAAGAAUUCUUGUACCCUUGGAAUUAAAAUACAACUUUCACAGGAAACUUUAAUUUAUUCCAAAUAUUUUAUUAUUUCCUGAACUAUAAGUUUUUUUAGUUCAAAUUAAAAUUCGAUGUUAAUACUCUAUACGACAUUGCAUUUAGUUCUCCAUUCGGGUUCCUGGACCACAAAAACUAUAUUUUCUUUCCCGUUUAGUUUUCACUAUUUCACAACGAUUGAAUUUAAUUUAGUUUUCCACUUAGUUUGCCCCAGACUGCGGUGAUUACAUUUAGUUUGCUCUGAAUCCCAACCGUUGCAUUUAGUUCCCCGUUUGGUUUGCCGUUAGGCAUCAUAAUUGCAUUUAGUUCCCAAUUUAGUUUGCAAGUCGUGUGUUAAGCUUACAUUGGGGUACGAGCUCCACCCCUUGUAGCAAAACACAUCGGCUUUGUCGGCCUACCACUCAUACAUAGGUAUCUUAGAUAGGUGUGUUUGUUUAGAUAAGUAGUUCACAAUGUAUUCUAUUAAUCGUUAACUGUUCAAAUAAAAUGUCUUUAGAAAAAUAUGGGUAGUAGGCCUGAUGAUGCAGUUCCAACAUUUAAUGUUUUCUGUUAUGUCUGUGUUAAUUUGAAGAACAAUAAUUUUUAGGUUGAAAGUAAAUAAAUAAUUUCCAGUAAACCUUCUUGUGUUGAUUUCAUUGUUUGAGAAAUUAAAUAUGCUUUUGUUCACCAUUAUUUCCAGGAAAGCUAUUUAAUGUGUUUAUGAAAAACCUUGAACAAGAUUUCUUUGAACAAGCCUAUCCUCUUGGAAUUAUCUGAGGGCAAGUUUGGAUUUAACCAUUAGUUGUUGGUAAUAAUUUUUAAAUUCUAUUGCUGAGCAAACUACUGAUAAGUACUAAAUAUUUCAACAAUAAAUUGUUUUCAUAACACAUACAAAUCUACUUAUGAAAUUUACUAAACAGUCAUGUUUUUUUGUAUUAUAUUUCACAUUAUUUUCUAUAAAUAAUAUAGAUUGUGAUCUGAAUUUUUGACUCAAAUAAGAAAUUAUUUCUCUAUUGUAUGUAAAUGCUCAGCUGAUACAUAAUUACCUCCCAAAAAUCUAACGAAAUUAAAAUAAGUGUCAAUAAAUGCCUGUAUUUGUUCACUUAGGAGAAUACAAAUCGGAAAAAUGCAUUUUUAUUAUUUUAGGAUUCGUCCUAUAAUCGAUGUAGCUCUAAUCAUAGUCCUUACAGAAAAUAGCAUUUUAAAAUUUUAGUCGUACUAUUUUCAAAACUCAUUUUCCUAAAAAGUGUAUUUGCGAAAUCAAAGUAUUUUUCGUAAGAGGUUUUGUAGUGUAUUUUAGAAUGUAACUUAGUUAUACUGAGAUAGAUAAGAUCAUUACUAUAUUGUAUUUACGAGUGCCAAACUGUGUUUAAUUUCCCACUAUUUUACUGUAUAUUUUCAGCAGUCUAGACUCUUGAAGAUUUAAUGUAGAGCAUUUUAAAUCAUGGUUUCCUAUAGUCGACUUUUCCAUAAUUUGAUAGUUGGAAGAAAGUCGUCAAAAAUCUUCAUUCCAUAUUGAAAAAAAUCUUGGGUAGACCAUACUAAAUCAACCAAGCUGUUUCUUUAAUAGUAAAAAUGACAAUGCUCUGUAAAUCUGUAUUCUGCUCUUCCAUAGACAUAUGAAACGUUCUGGUUCACCAAACGUAUGUUGUUUUAUUUGUAAUUCAUAAGGGCGAAAUACUUUUAAAUGGUAACACAUUUUUCAGCUUUUCUUCACCUAUUUCUGCCAAUUUUUAAUCCUUAUGGUUGUGCUUCUCUUCGACCGACAUAUCAUCUUACCCAUUUUCACUCCUGUAAAUACUUCUAUGUGUAAAUACUCUCAUCAGUGUGCGGUUUUGUCGAGUUUUAAAAAUUAAAGACCAAAUUUAAAUGCUAUUUCGCUCCUGCCUUUCCCGUAUCUUGUGAUAUUAUAGUUCUUGUACCGUAGCAUUUUUGUCUUAAAUAUUUAGUGGGAUAGAUCAUUACUAAACCUUUUCCUUUGUUUGUAUCGCGGAUAUUUAAACAUAUAGAUUAUUAGUGAUUCCAUUCAUAUUUAAAGUCUUUCCCUGAAAUUACCUUAAAAACCCCUAAGAAUGGAAAUAGUUAUAGUAUGAUAGUAAGCACAUACUAAUGAAUUUUAACAGCACCAAUUUAAGGAAUUAAACUAUGUUGAAAUAUUUAUUCAUAAAAUAUAUUUCUGUGUUUCAACGGUUUACAUUUUGUACAACAAAUUCUCAAGUACCAAUUAAAUAUUUACUAAUAUACAUGUCAGCUUAAGCAUUGAAAUCAAUGUAAAGCUAAAAUAAAGUGUUUACAUUAAAAAUUAAUCAUAUAAUUUUCAACACUAGAAACUUAGCCCUUUUACCUUUUGUGUUUUUUAAGCUAGUAAAUUUAAUAUUUAGUUUUAAUUGUGAACAUCUGUUAUAACUACUUCAAAUCGUAUUGUACGGGUAAUAUAAACAUGUGACUCUAUCUCUAGUGCUACAAAACUAACCUAUAACAUUCAUUACCACCCAUGAUAUGGUUGUCUGGUUUCUUGCGGUAAUUCCUGGUAACAAUGGUAUUAUGGUUGAGGCUAUAGUAACCAUGGUAACCGACUUAUUUGUUAUCUCAAAAUGCUGUCUUGUGACAUUGAAUGUUCAACCGAAAGGCAAGUAUUAAAACACUUCAUAGAGUGCCUAAUAAUGUAACUACGUUGAUAUUACUUUACCAUUUACACACACUUUUAACUUCACUCAAAAUCCAAAAUCUGUCACCAGAAAUCCGAUUAGAAUCAAUUAAUCUUUAAAAAUAGUUCUAAAAGAACUUCUAUAAAAAUCUAUGUCCUACCAUUUUGGUUAUUUUUCGGUAACUUUAAAUAAUUAUUUAAAUUUCAACCAUGUAAAUAAUGACACUAUAAUAAAUUUUUAACCUAAGUUAAUUUAUAAUCCUGUAAAUGCUUAUUAGUAUUUAAAAAUGUUAUCGUGUUAUAUUUGUUGAUAUAAUUAAUUUAAACAUUCCAUUUUUGUCGUUUUCGAUGUUGCUUUUUGAUAUUUUGUAAAUACCCCGCUAAGUGCUAUUGUAUUAUUGUUGGAUGUAUAUGUUGAAUAGAGUUUGUCAUAACAUUUUGUUAUAUACCGAAAUAUUGUAAAACUAUAAUUGUUAAGUGUAUUAGUGGUUUAAUUCGUUACAUAAUUGUUUUCCUCGUCUCACAAAGUAAGGUGAACACCUAGGUUUAGUUUGUAGUAACCUCUAUGUUUUCUCUUAGUAAUUUAAAGUUAGUUGUAUUUCCUUAGCGAUAUGGUAAAGAGUAAAAUUAUUUUUCAUGGGUUUAAUUGGUCUCGUGGGGUACACUUCCGUAUCUAUUGUCAAAAACAACCGAAAGAAAAAUAUUCGACAUAUCGAUUAUGUCAUUCGAUAUAUCGUUUGGAACUUACCAAACGAUAUAUCAAAUAAAACAAUCGAUUUAUCGAUCGAUAUUUUCAUUCGGUUGUUUUUGACAACAGAUGAGGGAAGUCUACCCGUAUCGUGUACUUUCGAUAACAAUCUAGAAGCUAUGGUAAUUAAAAACCAAGUAUAAAAAACUAUUGAAUAGCCUAGUUUAAAUAUGGCAAUGUUGAACUAAAUUUAAUUAUUUCAAAUAGUAAAUUAAAUGUAAUCUAACUUUUGACAUUAUUAAACAGGACGAAAUUUUAUUUUACAAACCAUGGCAUUUUAAAGUUCAAUAUUUAAGUAGAAAUAAAACUUCAAUAUCAAAAUCAGAGAGAUCUUAUUUUUUGUUUUGUACUUUCUGAAAAGUUUUAAAAUAUAGUAGUACAAAAGAAGAUAUUGUGUUUGUUAUAACAAAAUCAAUUAAUCAUCAAUUAGGUACACAAAACACACACUCAGAAGUAAUUAUUAUGAACUUGAUAUUUUCGACAAAACUAGAUUAUUAGUGGGAUAUGUGUCAAAAGUAAAAAAAACUGAGCAAAAUGCUCACUUUUUCUAUGCUAACCAAUCGAGAUAAAAUAUAUAGAAUAACAAUAAUUAUGUAUGGUAAAUUUUAGUAUGGAAACUCGGUCAUUUGCUAAAAUGUAUGAGACAUUCUUAGCCUAUCUGUUGAUUUUUCAAAUUUUAUUGUAGAUAAUUUAUUGUGCUCAUUAUUUGACCAUUGGACUCAAUUCUGACUCAAGUAUUUUAUUUUAAAACGCUCAUUCACCAACAAAAUUACGAUUUGUUUCAAAUUAUGGUUUACAAAAAUAUAGUAGUGAUUUUACUUUUGUUAUGUUUUAUAGGAUUUAGGACCAGGUGUAGAGUUAUAAUUUAUCAUUAUAUAUUUGUGAUAUUUUUACCUAUUUUAAUGUCUAUCAUACGUGCAUGUAA